GUCGCUAGAUUAAACCGUAAAUUCUAUAAUACCAAAAUGGAUUUGUCCAUUUUUUUGUGGUUAGUGGUUGGUGUGAUAUCGACAAUUUUUCUCUUCUUUAAAAGAAAAUAUUCAUACUGGAAAGAUCGUGGAAUAGAAUAUGUGGAACCCUCGUUUCCUUUGGGAAACUUGUCAUUCGGCAACAAACACAUUGCUGAAUUCAUUCAAAAUAUUUACAAAUAUAAAGAGAAAAGCUCACUGAUUGGAGCUUAUAUUAUCUGGAAGCCAAUCGCAGUACCAACGGACCUGGAUCUCAUUCAGAAAAUUUUAGUGAAAGACUUCAAUAGUUUCCAUGCUCGUGGGAUGUAUGUCAAUGAAGAGGACGACCCACUAUCCGCCCAUAUGUUUUCUUUAGAUGGCGAGAAGUGGAAAUCCAUACGAUCCAAAUUAUCACCAACUUUCACAUCCGGGAAAAUGAAGUUCAUGCUGCCGACUGUUGUAGAUGUGGCAGAACAAUUUAAUGAAACCCUGUCAGACAUUUUAAAGACAGAAUCCGUGUUGGAAAUGAAGGACCUUUUGGCCAGAUUCACAACCGACGUCAUUGGAUCUUGCGCUUUUGGUGUCGAUUGCAAUUGUUUAAAGGAUCCCAAUGCUAGCUUCCGCUACUAUGGCAGGAAAUUUUCCGAUGAGCCUAAUUUAACCCCAUUUAUGCACCUUUUAGUUAUUCAGUAUCCAGAGCUAGCACGAAAGCUUCAUGUUCGGGUUACCGAAAAACAAGUGGAAACAUUUUUUAUCGAAAGCGUACGAAAAACAAUUGAGUACCGCGAAAAAAAUAACGUUAGGCGUAAUGAUUUCAUGGAUCUACUAAUUCAGAUGAAUAGAGAAGAGGAUAAGAAUGAUGAGGAGUCCACGAAGCUGGGGAAGCUUAGCUUAAACCAACUAGCGGCUCAAGCCUUCUUAUUUUUCAUUGCUGGCUUUGAAACAUCAUCCACCACUAUGAUGUAUUCUUUGUACGAAUUAGCCUUGAACCCUGAUAUCCAAGAGAAGGCAAGGCAGGAGAUAAAUGCUAUUUUAGCCAAUCAUGAUGGCAAGCUGUCGUACGAGGCUAUGCAAGAAAUGACAUACCUUGAGCAAAUAAUAAACGAGGUGUUGAGGAAAUACCCCCCCGUCAUAAGCCUGAUAAGAAAAGCUGCUCGUGAUUACCAACUUCCUAAUUCAAAAACGAUAAUGGAAAAAGGAACCGAGAUAUUCAUUCCUGCGUACGCUAUACAUCAUGACCCAGAUAUAUAUCCGAACCCUGAAGUGUUUGAUCCGGAACGCUUUGUAGCGGAGGAAGUAAAACGCCGUCAUCCCAUGUCAUUUUUGCCUUUCGGUGAUGGACCCAGGAACUGUGUUGGAUUACGUUUCGGCAAAAUGCAGACAAAAGUUGGUUUGAUAGUUUUAUUAAAAAACUAUAAGUUCGCACCCUGCUCCAAAACAUCUAUUCCAUUGACCUUUGAUCCUGCAAAGGGGGUAUUAACUCCAAAGGGAGGAAUGUUUCUGGGUGUUCAAAAGAUUUGAAUUGUAGAUGAUGUCUUGUCCUUUAUGUUCUGUUCAUAAAUUAUAUUAGGCACACUUUAAAUCUAAUAAGUGAAUAAAAGUAAGUGUUUUCAGA